CCAUGGUACACCAAGGUCAAUCCUCUUGGGGUGGGGGGAGAAGGGAGAGAGAGGAAGUGGCCUACCCUGCAAUAUAAUAUAAUGCAGCUUGGGCUGCUGAGAGAAGGGGUGGGACUCAGGAAAUGCUGUAAGUAAAGUUCAGGAAGGGAAAUCAUUACUUUUUGCAUAAAAGUGAGCAUCAGAGAUCAGAAACUAAACUUAUUGGACAGUCUUUUGGGAAGCCAUGGCUGGCCUGAAUCCUCUAGAACGACUCCAAGAAGAAGCAACCUGUUCCAUCUGCCUGGUUUUCUUCAAUGACCCCGUGUCUCUCGACUGUGGGCACAACUUUUGCCGAGCCUGCAUCGCCCAGUUCUGGGAGGGAGUGGGAACAGAUCAUGAGACUGUCUCUUGCCCUCAGUGCAGAGAGACAUUUCAGCAAAGAAACCUCAGGACAAACAGGCAACUGGCGAACAUUGUGGAAAUAGCUAAGCAGCUGAGUGUGCAAACAGCGGGGGGGACAGAAGGAGAAGCAAAGUGCAAGGAACACGGGGAGACUUUCAAGCUCUUCUGUAAGGACGAUGAAGCCUUCAUCUGCGUGAUCUGCAGAGAGUCCCGGGAUCACCGCACUCACAAGGUGUUCCCAGUAGGGGAGGCUGCCCAAGAGUACAAGGAAUAUCUUCAAACCCAGAUGAUGCCUCUGAAGAAAAAAAGAGAAGACCUUAUGAAGUACAAACUGGAUGGAGAAAAGGAAAGCCUGAAAUGGCUGGAAAAGACAGAGGCUGAGAGGCAAAAGAUUGUACUGGAAUUUCAGAAACUACGGCAGUUCCUAGAGGAGCAAGAGCAACUCCUGCUAACUCAGCUGGCUAAGCUGGAGAAGGAGAUUGUACAGAGGCAGGGAGAUAGUAUCACCAUCCUGUCAAAGAAUAUUUCCCAACUUGAUAACCUCAUCUGUGAAAUAGAGGGGAAGUACCAGCAGCCAGUGAAUGAAUUCCUGAAGGAUAUCAAGAGCACCUUGAGCAGAUGUAAGACGGUGCACUUUAAGAAACCGGUGUUCAUGCCUCAUGACCUGACUGUCCAGCUCAGCAGCUCUUCUCAAACAAAUAUUUAUCUGCAGGAGGCACUGACAAAAUUCAAAGAAACUCUUCCCUUUGAGCUGAGAGAGGGAAUUAGAUGUUUCCCUUCACAGUCCUUGUCUCCUCCAACAAGCAAUGAGGCAUGCAGAGCAGCCAAUCAACAGCCUAGAGAAGACAUUUGUAGAGGCAUGACUGAGAGUUGGAUUUCUGGGUUCGGUGCUGUGGAUUUUUCCUCGAUGACCUCUGGCCAUGCCUUACAGAAGCCUGGCUUUCCUCCUAGGAGACAUCAAAACUGGAAUGAAGGAGGAUUUGACUGGGAAUGAAGGUGAGGUUGGGAGAGAGGACAUCAGUGGGCAGGGUCAGGAGAAUGGGAAAAUGUGUCACAGGAAGUAAAGGGUUUGGGGUCUCAUGCCACCACUAUUUAAACUGACAGAGUG